AUGGACCUCGCAACGGGGGCCAUGGGCAGCCUGCUCCUCAAGCUUGGCGACCUCCUCACGGAGGAGUACAAGAUGCAAACGGGCGUCAAGGAAGAUGUUGAGUAUCUCAAGAGAGAGCUGACAAGCAUGUACGCAGCCCUCCGCAAUGCUGGGGACGUCCCGCGGGAUCAGCUCGACGAGCUGGUUAAGCUCUGGGCCGACAAAGUCAGGGACUUGUCGUUCAUAAUGGAGGACAUCGUCGAUAAGUUCCUGGUACGCGUCGAGGGAGCUGAACCUACCAUCAAGCCACGCAAAAUCAAGAAGCUCAUGAAGAAGAUGGAAAACUUGUUCACCAAGAGCAGGACUCGCCAUGAGAUCUCCGAUGAGAUCAGGGCAAUCAAGGUCCGUGUCAAGGAGGCGGCUGACCGGCGUGAUAGGUACAGGGUCAACGAUGUGGUUCCAGUUACCACAUCCACGGUUGACCCUCGCCUAUUGGCUCUGUACAAAGAUCGGAAAGAGCUUGUUGGAAUUGAUGGGGCCUUCAACAAGCUAACCGAUAUGCUGUCAGAUGGGGAUAAUGAUGUGUCCAAGAAACUCAAGAUACUCUCUAUUUUUGGAUUCGGGGGGCUUGGCAAGACUACUCUUGCCAAAGCAGUGUAUGAUAAGCUCAGAGGGCAGUAUGAUUGCAGUGCUUUUGUCCCAGUUGGAAGGAACCCUAGCCUGAAGAAACUUCUUAUGGACAUUCUCUGUGGAAUUGACAAUCAAAUGUGCCAAAAUUCCAAUUUAUCGGCAUUGGAUGAAAGGCUGUUGAUUGAUAAACUUCCAGAAUUUCUCGAGAGCAAGAGGUACUUCAUCGUUAUUGAUGAUAUAUGGGAUACGGAAAUAUGGAAAACAGUCACGUGCGCUCUAGUGGAUAAUAAUUGUGCAAGCAGGAUAAUUGCAACUACUCGUAUUCUCGAUGUCGCGAAAAAGGCUGGUGAAGUAUACAUGCUAGAACCACUUUCUCAUGAUUUAUCUGAGGAGUUAUUCCAGACAAGAUUAUUUGGUGGUAAAAACAAAUGCCCUCAUGAUCUGCCAACAAUGGCAUACGGUAAAAUUUUACAUAAAUGUGGUGGUGUACCGUUAGCUAUAAUCACCAUGGCUAGUCUGCUUGUCAAUAAACCAAUGGAUUUUUGGUCUAAGGUAUACAACUCAAUUGGUUUUGGGCACGAAGAUAACAAAGAUAUUGAGAACACGAGAAAAAUACUUCGGUUUAGCUAUUAUGAUCUGCCUAGCCACUUAAGGACAUGUUUACUGUACAUGAGCAUAUACCCAGAAGACCACUUUAUCAAGAAAAAUACUUUGAUAUGGAAGUGGGUAACCGAAGGUUUUGUCCAUGAGGAAACAGGGGCGGGAUUAUAUGAGAUUGGCGAGAGAUACUUCACUGAGUUGGUAAACAGAAGCAUGAUACUGCCGGUAGAGACCCCGUAUCAGGGCAUCAUAUUUGGUUGUCGAGUCCAUGAUAUGAUGCUUGAUAUGAUCUGUCUAGUUUCAAGGGAAGAAAACUUUGUUACUAUAUUGAGUAGUAACGAGCAAUACACGUCUUCACAUAGUAAUGCUCGCAGGUUAGCAGUUGGACAGAGAGUCCAAAGUCUGGACAGUACACGUAUGCCACAAGUAAGGUCAUUUAUUGCCAUGUGCAUUAGUGAUCAGUUGCCACUGCUUUCAUGUUUUAAAGUCUUGCGUGUCCUAGAUUUAGAAGGCGUCAUGUCCCGCCGUGGCCCUAUCUAUCUUGGGUAUCUUGGAAAGUUAGUUCACUUGAGGUAUCUCGGGCUGCAGAAUAUGCACGUUUGUGUGCUCCCUGAAGAAAUAGGAGAUCUGAAGUUGUUGCAGGUGCUGAACCUGAGUGGUAAUGGCGACUUAACUGAACUGCCAUGCAGUAUUGGUCUACUAAGUCAACUCAAGUGCCUGAACAUCGAGGGAACCGACAUAAAAGUGCUAGAUUGGAUCGGGAACCUGACAUCCUUGGAAGAGUUGUGUCUCACAAGGGUUGAAGACAAAGAGUUCUCAAACUUAUUUGUGAAUGAGCUCAGCAAGCUGACAGAGUUGAGGAAGCUCCGCAUUAGUUGGAAUUUAUGCUUAUAUAGUGCUAGCUCAAUGAGAGCUUGUGCGGAGUCAUUAGCCAAACUGCAGAAAAUCCAAGUCAUAGAUAUUUUUAGAAUGAACAAACCGAUUACUGUCAAUGGCAACAGCUGGUUGGAAGGUUAUGUGCCCCCUCCGCAACUCCGUGUUCUACGCAUGUCAUGCAGAGAAUCUGGGCUGUUAACAAAGAUUAGUUCCUCACUUCUUCUGAACCUCACCCAUCUAUCAAUACAUGUGGAGAGUUCUGAUCUGAAGAUCUUUGGACUACUUCCAGAGCUUGUUACCCUCCGGUUGGACAUGGUCGGCGUUGGACACCAUGCUGUCACGGGGGGUGCAGGUGCAUUCCCGAAGCUGAGGUUUUUCAAGACAGACGCAACCCUCGGCCAGUUUGCAGAAGGAGAUAUGCCACGCCUUAAAUGGCUCUAG